AUGUAUUUAUUUACUUGCUGCUCAUGCUUCCUCCGUCUAACCCGGAAAGAGAUAUGCGCUAAGGAUCAGCAUCAACAGCGCCGUUUCACGCGUUCCAGCGCGCGAACAGGCCCUCCACAGGGGACCUUGCCACUAAGCCAGGGGACAGCACGGCACUCUUCGCCCGUCAGCCCUUUCGAGCCACUGGGGCAUGCCCCUCCCCUGUUUGUUGUUCCUAUUGCGAGGUCCCCUAUUCACUCGCAUUGUGAUUUCUCGACCUUCGUGCGCAAGACAAUCGCGACGACCUCUUGUCCCAGACGCCACGACGACCUCGAGGCCGACAAACGCAAUUCUCAGUCCUCCUCCCUUUACCACAAUUCCCUCCCGAACAAACGAAACAGCCAAGUAAGUGCACGCUCGGCACCGCUUCUCCUUCCCGUUCUACAAUUGGCCGUGCACUUUGCGAGGAUUCUCUUCUUCGGUUGCGGCUACAGCUGGACAGGCGACAAACGAGACGCGACCGGUCCAGGCUUGGACGCUAUUGUUUCCGCAUUCCUUGCUUUUGCUGUCGCUUUUCUCGCCUGGACGCGCCGAAGAGAGGAAGACGGCACACGACGAAGCUCAGCCGUGUCGGGGUAUCAUCGGACUACCGCAGCUAGGUCGGGAGUGCCGUGGGCCGUGACUGGCGGCGAGGGAGGUGGUGUACGACAACGUCCGAGGAGAAACAAAAGUGCUGACCUACUAUCUCCUUAUGUACAGUCCACCGCUGACUGGUCUUCCACGAUCUCGGUUCCGACACUACCCGACGAAUUCAAACGAGAGACGGUACACACGAGCGCAAACAUGGCUACCGAAGCAAACGCCACCGAGACCGCGCAGCUGACGCGGGAGAAGCUGGAGGGUGAGUCCGGGACCUAA